AUGUCGAACACACUACUGAGUCAUCYAAAGGARCCGAUAAUWAUCCUUGACGAUGAUGAGUUCGAUAGUUCUGUGGUUAGCWGCUCUAAGAAUCCGCCUCGCGAAUCAAAGCUAAGUUUGUCACAGAAAAGGAAAUCAUCAGCAUGCCGUUUGCUUACAAAAUCCAAGUCUUUGCCAGGAAAGACAGGAAAUGGGAGUGUGACAAGUACUCAAUCUCAGAGACAGAAAAGCUGGAUCUCCUCAUCAUUUGAUGGAUUUGACAGUUUUAGUACAUUUGAUGAUCUUUCCAGAAAGAACAAGAAAGCAAGAACGAAAUUACCAGAAGACUUCUCACGUAAAGAUAUCUCUGUUAAUCUCUGGAUUGACAAGUAUAAGCCMCAAUCUGAAUCGGAACUUGCUGUCCACAAAAAGAAAAUAGAAGAUGUCCGCUCUUGGUUAUUAGAUCAUCUUAGCACAAAGUCCAAUGAAAUAUUAYUGCUAACUGGCCCRGUUGGUGUCGGUAAAACUGCCACAAUAUGUGCCCUYWGUACAGAACUAAACUUUGAGGUUCAAGAAUGGAUAAACCCUACAACAGUUGCUGAAGGAUUUACCUUUGGAAAUGAAUAUUCACAGUCCCAGCUUGCACAGUUUCAAGAUUUUCUCCUGAGGUCAAACAAAUACCCAUCGUUAAACAUGUUUGGUUCAAGUAAUGUUGAUAGAAUUACACAAAGAAAAGUUAUUUUGAUAGAGGAUUUACCUAAUUUAUUUUAUCGAGAUGCAAAAAAGUUACAUGAAGUUCUCUUGGAAUACAGACACAAAGGCCGCUGUCCCUUGGUGUUGAUUAUAUCUGACAGCCAUAGUGAUGAAUCUAAUKUACAUAAGUUAUUACCAAAAACAAUACAACUCAGGCUUGGAGUAUCUACCAUAAGUUUUAAUCCCGUGGCCAACACAAGUCUAGUGAAGGCUYUGAACAGAAUAGUAUCACUGGAAAGCAAAAAGGCUGGCAAGGAUUUUUCAGUACCAUCUAAGGAUGCAAUCAAUGAGCUAGCUCAGAGUAGUGCCGGUGAUAUAAGAACAGCUAUAAAUGCUUUACAGUUCUCAUGUCAAAAGGGAAUACAGGACAAUAUCCUGUCCAAAUUUGCCUCUGUAAGCUCAUCAGCUACGAGCAAAAAACAAAAGAAAGCAUCUAAUAAAAAAGUAACAACAAAGCAAUCCCAAAUAAAGAAAUCUGGUGGAGGAAGCAGCUACAACAAGGAGGACAAAGGGAACCAAAGCACCGUCAAGGCAAUCGGAGGGAAAGACACUUCAAUAUUUCUUUUCAGAGCACUUGGGAAAAUACUGUACUGUAAAAGAGACUCAAGCAUAUCAGACAAGCACCUCCUGCCMAGUAACAUGUCACAUUUAGCCCGAAAUCAAGUUCAGUUUUGCCCUGAGGAGGUAGUUGAGAGGUCUCACCUGUCAAGUGAAAUGCUAACUUUGUAUUUACAUCAGAACUACUUGGAUUUCUUCACCAACAUUGAAGAUGUUGUGGUUGCCAGUGGUUAUAUAAGUGAUGCAAAUAUGAUGUCAAUGGAAUGGAUGCAUCGUACAUCAUUGAUUCCAUAUAUGUCUUGUAUUGCUACCAGAGGAUUGAUGUAUAAUAACAACAUUGGUAUGAAUUCAGCCCCCUCUAGAGGUGGAUGGCGGCCACUGCACAAACCCCAAUGGUUUGAAGUCAAUAAAAAGAUAAGGGAUAAUAGUCUUACUGCCAARGAACUGUUUCCAGAGCAAACUUGUCCAACCUCUGUACUUCAUUCACAAAUUAUACCAUAUUUGGCCAUUACAGAUGUCACUCUAAGGACGCCAGGUCAGAUAUCAUUUGUUCAACAAAUGGGGCAAUAUCAGAAGAACAAGUUUAAUACAAGGUCCUCUGCAGAUACUCUUGAUGAGAAAGAAUGUGGCAUGGCUACCAACGAUGAUCCCACUGACUCGGAAAGUUUUUCUCAACAUGGCAGCUCAAAGCUCAACUCAAAGACAGCUACUGAUCAAGUGAAAAACCAAGACUCACAAGAAAUAGAUCCUGCAGUCGAUCAAAACACAGAUGAGGAUGUAACUAUUGAAGAUUUUGAGGAUGAAUGGUAGCAUGCUCAAGYUUGUUGGAGGUCAAAAGUAAUUAUGUUUGUGUUGGUAGAGCAAGGAACUUACAUUCCUGCUUUUUGCUUAAGGAUGUUACAGUUGUUACUUAUGUGUAUAUAGACUUACAGGAAUAUUAUUUAAUGCAUAAUUAUAUAUAUUGUAAUUAUUGACAACUGUAACAACUACUUCAAUAAAAAGACUAUAUUUCUUGUA